AUGCCAGAGACGCAGUCUGGGAAGUUGUCGAAUACAACUACCAAGGAAUACCAGUCCUCCACGCUCCAAAGCCGGGACAGCUUCAGACUUCUGAGACUUUACCCUCAAACUCCAAGCGCUGAUAUCAAGUGUUCCUUGAAAGAGGUGAACAUUGCCGAUAAAAGGGGGUAUGGUGCUGUGUCUUAUGUGUGGGGUGUUCCGAACUUGACAAGAAAGAUCUACUGUGGGAAUGCGUACAUUGGAGUGACUGAACACAUUCAUGCUCUGCUUCGACGAGUAUGCAAUUCUUCCAGGGAUGUAUAUAUUUGGAUCGAUGCAAUUUGCAUCAAUCAGAAAGAUCUGACGGAGCGCUCAACGCAAGUUUUGCUCAUGCGAAAGAUCUUCUCUGAUGCUGGACAAAUACUUAUCUGGCUAGGAAUUGAUCCUGGGCCUGCCGCCCCGGCUUUUCAGAUUAUCUCUGACUUCAACGUCCUUUGCGACAAAGCUCCGAAGGGAGCUUUCAGAGACAACAAUCAUGAACGUCUGCAAUCAGCUGAGGACCUCCAUGCUUUCGUUCAAGGCUCGAACGGCCGCUCGAUUGCCAAUCUCUUUCAACAUGACUGGUUCCACCGAACUUGGACAUUUCAAGAGGCUUUCAGCGCUCGGCCACGUGCAGCGCUAGUGCUUUAUGGGGAUUAUGAUAUUGAGUAUGAAGAGCUCUCAGUCUUCGCUGUCUACAUGUGCAGCCUGGCAAUCCAAGGAAGUCUCCAAACCCACCGGGCGCGAAUGGGCGUCAAUCAUGUCGUGAAGAUCAAGCAAUAUGCCAAUAGCGAGAAUACGCUUCUUGGGCUUCUUAAGAUCACCCAUGCAAGGCGCGCAACAGAUGCUCGAGAUAAGAUAUAUGGAUUGGCCUCUCUUGUGGAUCCGAAAGAGCUUCCAUACCCUCCAUCUUACGAGAUUGAUGAUCAUACUCUUUUCCGCGAUCAAGCAGUCCAUAUGAUCAAAAGAGCCGGAAACCUUCGACUACUUGAAUCCUGCAUCUUCGAAGAUACAGUUGCUGCAGGUCUGCCUUCUUGGGCUCCCUCAUGGGCACCGACAGAUACCCUCGUGACAGCGUUUCAUCACGAACACGAACCAUUCUGUCCAGGACCCGCGGUAGACCCUACUCGAACGCCACGAGUUGAUGGUGAUAUUCUCAAAGUUUAUGGCGCUGUAGUAGAUGCCAUCCGGAAACUAGGCUGCAAGAUGGAACUUUCAGAUUUUGAGAGUAAUACCACCUCUUUCGCAGAUCAUGAAAAUGUCAUCGAACUACUCCUCGACCGAGAAUCAAAAGAGCUCAGAGAUCUGGCGACUGCCUACGGAUCGCCAGAAAUGAGGGAGCUCGCACGAGCGCAAACGCUUAUGGGUGGAAGAAACCGAGAUGUAAGUAGAGCUGAUGCCGAUGCUGCCAUCAAAGUACGAAACCAUCGUCGCGUCUCUGAAAGUAACGGCGGAGGCGCCAGUUUCGGUGACUACUCGGUAAACGAUCGUGCCUGGAACGAUUUCAAUGAAGUGGCCUACCAAUUGAUGCAUGCCGCAGAUGGUCGCAGGCUUUGCUUAACCAAGUCAGGACGACUUGGAUGGGUGCCUCUGACCAGCGAAGAGGGUGAUGCGAUCAGUGUGCUGUCUGGAUCACAGGCCGCUAUUGUGCUUCGCCAUCAAGAAGACAACAGGUAUCAAGUCAUAGGCGGAAGCUACAUCCACGGCAUCAUGGAUGGUGAGGCUCUCAAGGAACCAGGUCAAGAUGACCAACUAGGCUUCCUGCAAUUGGUAUAG